AUGGCAAGCGACUGCUCCACGUUCAAAUCUUCUGCCAGACUUCAACAUCAUGCUUGUUUGCCCUCUCGCCCAUCUGGACGCGCCCACUUUAGUUCGUCUCAACCUUCCCCUCGAGAUAACCCAGUCCGCAGCAUUUUUGGAGCCAGCAAAGCUGCAACAGUCGAGACCAGCAGGAAGAGGAACCCAAAAGGUAGCAUGGUGGUCCCGACAGUCAUCAAAGGCCGAGACAGAAUCUUGGCACCUGGUGGACCGGGCAAAAGUUCUGAUCCAAUACCAAGGGAUCCUGUGCCAGAUGCAGAGAGAAAGGUACACAUAAAUCAUUGCAAUGAGAAACAAGAUGGUACCGAUUAG